UCAAUAUCCGUUUUAUACCGUUUCAACACAGUAAGUCCAAAACCCAUAAGCCCAAAAUGAAUUUUAUAUAAUUAUUCAUUUCCUCUUCCCAAGAAAAUCACCUAAAUAAACAGAUCACAUACCAUUCCCUUCUUCUUUUCAAGUCACUCUGGUUGGCUCCGCUUCGCUUAUUGUCUAUCCCCUCAAGGACAUGGCCGCUGCUGCUGCUAAUCCAGCAAGAAAGCGGUUCAUCGCGUUUCUUGGGGGCUGGUUGGAGCGUCAGCAAACCUUCCUCGAUCAGCUCCUUCGUUUGGUGGAUUUACCCAGCUCAGAGAACAAGGCCCACCAACAGAGGCAUUUGAUCGAACAAGUUCUAUGCCACUACCAACAAUACUUCUCAGAAAAGGACCUGACCGCGGAGGAGGACGUUUUCGUUCUGUUCUCUCCGCCGUGGCUGAGCUCGUUCGAGCGGACCAUGCUCUGGCUUGCUGGGUUCAAGCCCUCAUUGGUGCUGCGCAUGGUGGACAGCUCGGUGGAGGACUUGACGGAGGAGCAGGCGAGGAAGAUGGAGGCGGUGAAGGGCGAGACGCGGUGGGCGGAGAGGGAGCUGUCGGAGAAGAUGGCGAGGAUACAGGAGAGCGUGGCUGCGCCGCCGAUUCUAGCGCUGGCGAGGAGGGUGGGUAGGCUGAUGGACGGCGAGAUUUCGUCGCUGGAUUUGGCAAUGGAGACGCUGAAGACGGCGAUGCUGGGGGUUUUCGAGAGCGCCGACGGGCUUCGCGGGUCGUCGGUGAGGAAGGUGGUGGAGGUCUUGAGGCCCGAGCAGACCGUGAAGGUUUUGGCGGCAGUUGCUCAGUUUCAACUCGGAAUUAGAAGGUUGGGGUUGCAGAGAGACUCUGAGCAGCAGAGCUAACGUUGGCAUUUUGGCAUUUGGAUGGAUCAUAUCAUCAAAGCUUUAAAUAAUUUCUUUGUGUUUGGGGCCUUGAUUGAGUUUGAAAAAUGGCAAAUUGUAUUUUAGGCCGAACUGGCCUUUUUCUCUUUUCCUUUCGUUUUUUAUUUGCUUU